CUGGCUGGGCACUGAUCACUGUACGGAGAACACCCGGAGCUCCGGACAGCCGCACAUUACAGGCUUCGUGUAUUUUAUUGAUCAAGGAAAUACUGAGCUUUUGAAGAAAUCUGGAUCCAAACAGCACAAAUCACUCAAUGGAGCCACUGUCAAAUGUGACCGCUGUAGACUUUAUAGGUGGCAGUUCAAUUAAGUCGACUGAAAAAGUAAAUUAUCCUGACCAGGUAUUCUUCAAUGCUGCCAGAAUAUUCCAGCAUAUUUAUCGGAAGAAACCUCCCGACAAGAUCCUGAUCAGCUAUGGCAGUGAUUCUGGGAUGCCUUUACCAGACUUCAAAGAUGAAAGAUAUCAGCGCUGGUCCUAUGAGCUAGCAUUUAAUGCUCUGAAAUAUCAAGAUCUGCUUGAGACUAUUUUGCUGGUCAGUGGCUUCUACCAUUCCCAACCACUAGCAGACGAAAUGACUAGUUUAGUGGUGGUGAUGUUAUAUGAUUUCCAAGACCGCAAUUUUCAGCCACGCUACAUGUCAAACAAUGAUGACAUGAUAGAGGAUGUGCGAGAAGUAGAAAACUGUUUGCAUGGCUAUAAAACCAAACUGGCUGCUGCCCUUGCAAAAUGCCGAAUUAAGUAUUCAGCGCCAACCAUUGAAUAUAUAUUACCAGAGACUGUACGGAAACAGGAACAAAGAGCUUCAACGGUACCACUCUAUGCUUGGAUCAAUACAGCCAAAGUCAGCCUCACAGAGGUAUUAAACACGUUGAAAAAAGAAGGAUUCUCUCAGGUGGAAUCUCCCUCAGACCUGAAUGGAUAUAAAUAUUGCCUGGAUGAGCAUUGCCAGGAUUUGCUUUUGUUUCCAACUCAUCUUAAAGAAGAGCUGAGCAGCAUGGAAAUGUUCAUUGAUUAUAAGACUGUAAUACAGGACAAGUCACACAGUGUUGCAGCACAUACUGUGAAAGCUUUGCACAACAUGGACAGUGAUAUCAUUGUGGCCAACCCUUAUUCAGACUUUACCAUCGCCCACCUCUCUGUGCUGUCCAAUCAUGGCAUAUGCAGUAUAUAUGUAUGUGGGGUUAAGUCUGAAUCCAGAGAUGAAGAAAUGCAGGAACUCUUCAAGAACAUGGAGUGUAAAAAUGUUAAAAUGCUUAAAGAGAGUUUCACUGACAUUGACCCUGGUGAUCCAAGAUUACAAAAGGCCAGUCUUAUUCUUCUGCUACCUCGGUGCUCUGGAUCAGGAGUCAGCAACCCUGUGGAGUUUAUUCUAGAUGAGCAUGGAGACACCUCUCUGCUUCAGGAUCUCUCUCAAGGGUCUGUUUCAGCUGAGAGACUGAAUGAUCUGGCCAAACAGCAGGUGUCUGAGAUGAACCAUGCUAUGAAAUUUAAUAAAGUUCAUACUAUUGUAUACUGUACACGCUCAGUGUAUCAAGAGGAGAAUGAAAAUGUCAUCAGCCAGGCCCUUCAGUUCAAGAUGGAUGGAACCAAAGUACAGCCGUACAGGCUGAGCCCACCUGUUAUUUCAGUUUACCCUCCAGCACAAAUAGAAAAUGCGUUUGAUAAAUUCUUCAAAAUGGAACCAUCGGAUAAUUGCAAUGGCUGUUUUCUCGCUGUCAUGACAAGAGAGACGCAUCCUUCUAAGUCUGUCUCCCCUCAAGAUGUUUUGGCUCGGGCUGCUGCUAAGGGACUGCUCAGUGGCAUUCGGGUGGCAAAAUCUCCAAGAAAAGAUGACAAAAAGAAGAAAUCAAAAACACAAAAUUAUAAAACCACCCCAGCCACUUCAAACACCCAAGCAAAGAUCAAUGAGUUCAUAAACCGUGAAAAUAAUUUGAUGAGCCUGAGAACACAAAAAGACCAACAUAACCAAACUUCUUACAAAAACCCCAAUAACACUUUACAGUUUACAAAGGCACCAAAGCAGAGUGGUAUUCCCACUGUGUCCAUAACAAUAAAGAAUCCAGGUAACGUCUCUUUCUUGUCCAAAGAUCGACAGACAAUUGCCAUCAGACCAAAGGCAGAAGAUAAGAUGAUCCCAUUGAAACCAAGCCAGAUUAUGCUGCCUCCAGUGGCCUCUCCAUUUCAGUCCAGUUCUCCAUCUGAGGUCAAGAACCGCAGUCCAGUCCAUUAUUUUCACCAGCGCUGGCAUUCAGGCAUCAGGGGCACUCCCCAAAAUCCCUUUAUUUCAACUGUACCUUUUAUAGGCAAGACCAGGGAAAGCACACCGUGGACCGCAGUCCAACAUUCCAAGCCCUGGCACUGAACAUCUGUUCUGCUAUUUUCUUUUUUUACUGUUUUUAUUUAAUACUAUAACAAACAUUUACAACUAACCUUUUUUGUAUUUUAAUUUAGUGUUUUUUUUUAAUGUCUUGUAGUUAGUAUUCCUUUUGUAUCAACUAAUAUUUGCAUACCGUUUUCUUUAAAUAGACCAAUCCAUUUAUCUUGCAAUUGCGUUCUACCAUGCUAGAAUGUAGUAGUACACACUAUCUAUGAUAUAAAUAAAUGACCUAAUUAUUGUACAGUAAUUUUCAGGGAUAAACUGUUAAUGUACAUUUCAUUGUUACCUAAAAUCCUUUGUGGGGGAAUAGUCUUUUUUGAUGUUGAAUAAAAACCCUAACUGUAAGGUAAUUAAACGUAAACAAUUUUAAAUAUUCCUACUAGAUUUUACAAAAAAUUCCAACUAGUGUUUUCUAUUAAUAUUAUUAUAAUGUUGAUAGGCAUGCCUUUGAUGACAUAAUCAAAUAUUAGCAACUGUUUUGCUACUAUGAACAUCUUGCAGAAAUACUUGUUAAUACCUCAUGUGACAUUAGAGCCAGCAUGACUGCCGCUGGUAGACUUUUGUCAUGGACAUCUUUUCUUGAGAGAUACAA